AUGUAUUCCCAUCCUUUAGAUCACCCAACACAGGGCCCUCUCGAACCCGAAUUCAAUGUCCCACAGCUUCCAAAACAGGAUUCUGUCCAGCAAGAAUCAGAAAACGAGGACUUGAAUUUUGUAGUUAUUCCAAUUGAUCGAUCGUUUAGUGAUGGCGAUCCAGCGCAAUGGCCUACCGAAGAGAGAUUCGGGAGGCCUGAUGAUACUUCAUAUCGACAGAAGCUGGCGGAUUUGUGGUUAAGGAAGAUUGGUGCCCAUGAAGCAGGCGUAACAUACAUCAUCGAUGAAUUACCAGAUGGCUAUGUGAUUUUCGAUAGGCCACGGGGUACGAACCCUAGCAUUCGUGAUAGGUUCCUUUGGGGACAUCCAGUUGGCCAGUACUUCUCUUCUACGAUAACUUUCUUUCCCCAUUUCUACUAUUUAAUGACAGGAGGCAUAACAAAGUGCCCCUGUGAUCUUUGUGCCAAAUUGGAAAAACGCCAGAAAGGAACUGUCAUGGGAGCUCGGCGUGGUAGGCCUCCUGGGAUUGGGAGGUCACCAGGGAGGCCACCAGGGAGGCCACUAGGGAGGCCACCGGGAACUCCAAGCCAAACUUCAUCUGGGAAACCACUAGGAAGACCACCCGGCAGACCUCGUGGUAGACCAUCUCUCAGAGGGCUAGAACGGCCUGUAGGAAGACUUGGCAGGCCCGGAAGACCUCCAGGAAGGCCAGCCGCCACAAUAGUUGACAGCGAGGGCACCCCGGAUGUUUUUAAAUCCGCUGUCGUACGAUUGAAGCUCGCCGGAAGUGUUAAUAAAGAUAUCUCAGAGCCAGCGAGUAUGGAUUGGAGAGCUGAGAGACCCGUGCUUGACGAGUAUCUGGAAACUCUGGACAUACUCCCUUCAUAUCUUCCUCGCCUGGGGGAAAUCGUCCUCUGGACACCCGACUUCCAGGGGCAGCUUGUUUGGAACGAAAAGACGCAAAGUAUACAGAUUUAUUCCCCAACGGACGACCAAUGGGGUGAGAAGCCUCAAUGGCGUGCCGGAGUUGUUGGCCAGAUACCGACAGAAGAAACGGCUCUCAACGAUCUUGCAGAAAAGACUGACAAGAAAUGGGGAUUGAACUACUCCGGAUUUCGCGUUGAAACACUCCCUGACCCUAACGGAUCCGACAAGAGCUACUCACUGCAUUAUAACUACGUUCCACUGAAAUGUGUUAAGCCCUUCAACGCCUUUGAGCUCUUCCUGCAGGGCACACCUCGCGAAAAACUUCACCCUUCAAUUGAAAAUGCCAUGACUGUCAUGUCGUCAUUCAACCUGGUCGAUAAGUAUCGCUUCCGGGGUGAAUGGCCCAACGCGUCGAUAUAUUCCCGUGGUAUCUUUCUCGGAGCCGAAUUUAUUGUUCUUGGAGACGCGGUUCGUCUAAAGCCAAAGGGCUACAGGGCAGGAGAAAACGUACAGCACUCACAUGUAGUGGACGUUAUGGUGGUCAAGGAAAUCCGCCUUGAGCUCAUUCAGUGCGAUGAAGAUCCCAGAUCUAAGCAACUCGCAGAAAAGUACCAGGUCCGCAUAUCAGGAAAACUAUACACACCCGAUAUUGAACGAGCACAAACAUCGAACAACGGACAACCGGCCCGAGCUCUCGCAUCGCACGAGGUAAUGGACGUAUUCAACAGCGCGGGAAUGGGCGGGUAUGGCAAGUGGUACGAGCUUCAUUCCGGAUCACUUGUGGAUGUCUCUCAAGACAUGCUUCUCGGCCGCUGCUUCGAACCAGACGCCAUGAAGCUAUUAUUCAACUCUCUGUCGCUAAAUUACGACCUACAAGGAGUCGUGCGUGCAAGAGAAUAUUCACGGCAAGUGGACGAACGUAUCCCGGAAGGAAAGAAGUGGUUCUGGGGCGACUUCAGGACUCAGACGCUUGCCAUUGACUCCCUAAACGGCGAAGACGUUGGCCAUUAUAGCGAAACACGCGACGUGAAGAUGUGGAGGGCGAACCUCAAGAUCGUUGAUGGUACCGCGACGCACGCCGAUCUGCGGGCCGCGAAACAACCAGGCGAACUCGGACGGCCGUGUACACAACCGCGUAUCUCUGGUCUUGCGGAGGUGGGCAAGACAAGUAAGCUUGUUAGUGCUGGGCUUGGGACUGUGGACACUAGCAACCCGGUUAGUUCUACGGACGAGGAUACUACGGGAGAAGUAGAGCGGAGCGAGGGGGUGAACGGGAACGGGGACGGGAACGAGAGCGAAGAUAGUGAGGAUAGUAAGUCUGAAGAGGAUUUCACAACCCGCAUGGAAGAGCUCCGCGGUGGCACCGAGGAAACAGAAGGUGGCGACUAUAAUCCUGGAACUGCGCCGAGUUUUAAACGGCCUAGGCAUAGUUCCCAGAGAGUUGACUUUGAAGCCAAUGACUGA